UCACGCAGCUACGGCUAAGCACGACUGCCCACGGCCGGCCGGCCGCUACCGUCUCCGCCCGUAACAACGUGUGCAUUCCAGCGGCGUGAAGCGCGCCCCAGCUCCGUCUCUCGUCUUCGCAGGACGUUUUUCCGCCCGGCUGCUGCGCCACGGGACUGGACGGCACUGGCGCUCCCCCCUCCUCCCCUUCCUCCUCCUCCUCCUAUUCCAGCCCGCUCCUCUCUGCCCGUGUGUGCGUGAGCGUGUGUGUGUCCGUGCGUGUGCGUGCGUGGGUCUGUGUGUGUGUGUGUGUGUGUGUGUGUGUGUGUGUGUCGUCUGUUGCCGAGUGCGCGGCCGCGCGCGAGUCAUGGCGGCGCCGCAGCUCAGCUGCUGAACGAGUGCGUGGCGUGACAUCGAGUGCGAGUGUAAACUGAAAAAAAAAUAAAUAAAUAAAACAAAAUAAAGAAAAGACGGACCAGCGCUGUAGCUGUCACGUCGCUCACCGGACGACUCCUUUGCGGGUCCUGGCUGUAAAUUACUUUUGGUGCACAGUGUUACUCGUCUGUGGGAUCUUUUCCUUGGGGUUCGCGAGGGAGAGGAUGUUCUCCUUUCACGGUGCGCGGCGACAGCGUACGUGGAGAUAUAAUUGACGGAAUGGUCAGGAAGGAGAGUCGAGUGUGCGAACAUGCUGUCCUUCGACGAUAACUUGUGUGUUCCGUGCCUGCAGUGAGAGAGGGGAUCUGCCAAGUGUGUGUGUGUGCGGCUGCCUUGCCAGUGCUCGACGGCCACGGAACGCCUAUUCUUCAAGCGGCUGGCGCCCGGCCGUAGUAUGUUCUGAAGGCGAGCACACGUCGAGCUAGACGGUGGGAUCCCCGAUGGCCCAGCAUGGCAGCUCGCCCCCAGAGCUGCAGCGACCGCCGGCCGCGCCCGCGCUCGCGCUGGUGCACCGCCCUCGCGUGCCCCGGCCGCCGUCGACGACGCCGGCGACGACGGCGGCGGCGGCGGCGCCGACGACGGCGGGGGCGGUGGUGGCGGGAGACGUCGUGACGCUGACGACGCCGCGGCCCGACACCGAGCGCGUCACUAACGAGUACGUGGAGACACCGUUCCGGCCCGCGACGGCGGCACCGUUGCCUGCCGCCGGCAAGCUGGCCGCCGCCCCCAAGCAGCGGCACCACCCGCUGUCCCUGCAGCUGCCGCCGAGCCGCGACUCGGCCCGCGACCACCAGGCGCUGCACCUGCCCGUCGUCGUGGCGCCGGGCAAGAGGCCGCAGCUGCCGCCCGCGCCGCACCACCACGCGCACCUCCUCCACCACCACCACCAUCACCACCACCACCACCCGCACACGUUCGAGAAGGAGGGCCGCGGGUACCCGGGGCCGGCGUCGGCGCUGUCGGGCGGCGGCGCGGGCAGCCCGCCGUCGGGCUCUGCGUCGGGCUCGUCUUCGCCGGGCGGCCGCGGCUCGGACGGGCGCGUGGUGGCGGCGCUGGGCAGCCUGGGGCCGGCGGGCGGCGUGCCCGACUGCUUCCGCGGCUCCAUCAUCUGCCCCGAGUGCGGCCGCUGCCGCUGCGAGUCGUGCCGCAAGCCGCGCCCGCUGCCGUCGCGCUGGCUCUGCGACAACUCGUGCUACUGCUCGGCCGAGACGGCGCUCGACUACGCGACGUGCCUGUGCUGCGUGAAGGGGCUGUUCUACCACUGCUGCCGCGACCACGACCUGGAGGGCGCGGACGAGCCGUGCGCGUGCGGGCCGCCGCGGUGCGCGGCGCGCUGGGGCUGCCUGUGCGCGCUGUCGCUGGCGCUGCCCUGCCUCUGGUGGUACUGGCCGCUGCGCGCCUGCCUGCGCCUCUGCGAGGCCUGCUACCGCCGCCACAGCGCCGCCGGCUGCCGCUGCCGGCCCGCCAGCUCGCUGCUGCUCGCCGCCUCCCCGGACUUCUGACCUAUUUAUUUUUGUACCACUUACGCUCUAGUGUCGGCCGUAUCAGGGAUUAUACAUAUAUAUAUAUAUAAAUAUAAAUACAUACUCCUUUCCUCCAUUUGUAACGCUUCCGGAAAGCGAGGCGGAGCAAAAAAAAUAACAAAAAAAUGUUGUCAGUGUAUACGUGGGCGCGCGCGUGUUCGUGUGUAUGAGAGUGAAUGAUCGACUGUACACACUUGCUUGCGAGAAAGAGAAAGAGACUGCAGUUUCGGACCGUGAGGCGCUAUCUUUCUCCGUCGCUGCCGGGACUCACUUUGGCAGCGAGCACUACCGCUUUUCUCCCGUCGUCCCGCCUGUCUUAAUCGACGCCGGAGCGACGGCCCGUCAUCUUCUCUCACCCUCCCCCCUCGUCCUCCCCUCCGCCGUCUCCUUCUCGGGGACCGUUUCCGGUCUCCGGAUUCGAUAACUAGCGCCCAGGUCCCGGCGAGAUUUCGCACCGAUCGGAAUCGGCCGUUCGAUAUUCCGGUCUCUGCGAAAUGCUGCCUUACCUGUUUGUCUACUGUUCGUCAAAUUUAAUCGACUCUCCCACCCCUCUUGGCACUCUCUCACCUACACACACACACACACACACACACACACACACACACACACUCGUAGUCACUACAUAGGUAACGUCACUUUGGAAGACAAAUAUCGGAGUAAUUUAAAAAAAUUUCACAGUACAUUACAGUAAUGAACUUGCAUUUGGACGGCAGUGGCAGUCGAGUUGUUGCGAACAGUCAAGCUCUAGUUUUGUGGGAUCUUUUUUUGUAAAGUGUACGAGAAUGUAUCGUGGUUGCAAGUUCCUAGAUAAUAUCUGAGAAUUGGAGUGGGUGAUGCUUUUUUUUUCCUCCUUGUAUUUUGGGUCGGGCCGCUUUCAUUUAAAAAAAAAAAAUCCCAAACAGGCAGCGACGUAACGGUCGUUUCACGUACAGGCACCAGCUCUGUACGUUUCACAUACGCACACACAAACAGGCACGUAGAAAGUGAGCGGCUCGUACAGUAGGUUUCCGGUCGAGGGACGUAUCGGGCAGUCGGGAAUUUUUUUUUUUUUGUUUUUGUAACUCGUAUAUGACGCGUUAAUCGUCAGUUGUAAUAAUUUCAGCUUUAAAUCAAACAAAAUCUAAAUAAAGUCUUUUUAUAGUCGAAACAAAUGGAACUAACUGUUAGUCAAUGUUUGUAUGUAGGGAAGAACUAAAUUUUAUCUACACGUAUCACUUAUGUUUCCUCUUGCCACAGUUUGUCAUUCCACCUGUCAAUCGGACGGGGAAAGGCGCAUCGGGAAUGUCGGUCGUAUUUUGGAGUAGCCGUCUAGGACGCACUGGAGUCCAAAUUACUGGCACAUGGGGAAGCAGCGAUGAUAAGUUUGUAGAUAAUUAUUUCUAACUGUAUUUAUGUAAAUUUGAAAUGUUCUGUAUAAAGACUAUAUAAUUUUAAUUUAUUUUUGCACAAACACAAGAUUGCCAAACAAUUUUGUGUUUCGUUAAACAUACAAAAAUAUGGGGUACAAACUUGAAAUAACUCACCUAAUCUUACAUUUUCCUUUCAUUUUUGUCAGACUUUUAUUUUCAAAGGAUUUUUAUAGUAUUCUGAGUGAUUUUAAGCCGCUUACCUGUGCUGUCAAAGGAUGCGUCAUAGCAAACCAAAAUGUUAUUUAGUUUCUGGUCGCAUUAAGUUACUCACUGCCAUUAUUAGCAAAAAUGAGGAAAAAAGUGGCCUUCCUUUGGUUCUGUUUGAUUAUUUUGGGAAGUUGAUGGAUUGCAGACAAUCUGAAAUAUAUUUUGCAGUUUGGUGUAAGGUUAGUUAUUUGUACUCUAUGAAACAUAAUAUUAUGUGCUAGGAUUGUACCAAAGAUGGCCAUCUUAACAGAUGUAUACAACUUGCCGUAUGAUAGGACUCAUUUUACUACAAAAUUUUACAUACUAAUAGUUACUAUUAAUGUUUUUACAAAACACAUUUUAUUAAGAUUCUCAUUACAACUUUUCAUAUUAAGAAGCAUAGUAUAAAACAAACGUAACUUGUUGAAUAUGGAGCAAGUAUGUACAAAGAUGUCUUUUUUUAACUUAAUAAUCUAUGUAUUUGUUGUAAAGAAAAUGCUUAUUUAUUAUAUUUUUCUGUCCUUUCAGAAGAUUUCUUAAACAUAAAAUAAUUAUAUUGCUAUAAAUAUAUAUAUAUGUAUAUGAAGUAAUUUCCUUUCUGUUACUUUUUAGAUGUUAAGGUUGAUGCCUUAUACAGUAUUAUCUAGUCUAAAAAACUUCAAGUUGUUUUGUCAUCAGAAUAAAUAAAUAAAUAUUGUAUAAUUGUGUAACCAAUUAGGGUAUGCAUAUCUUGAUUUCAUUUCACAAAAUCUUGCCUGCUUCAGAAAUGAGGUGUUACUGAAAAGUUAGACUGAAACAGAACUUCAUUUUCAAGUGAAGUACUGAUAUUUUUGCUCACAGUUUGAAGUUUAGUUACUAUCUUGUAUUGAUGUAGGUGUCAAUGCAGAAUGAAUAAGAUGUUAUGGCCUCAUUUUUGGAGUAAAUACAUUUUUUGUGGACUGAAUCAAGUCAUACCUUGAUGCUAUUCAAUGUUGAAUGAUUGUAUCAUAUUAUUGUAUAGGUGGCAAAUGAACAAGUUAUGCUGCUGUUUUUAAUGACUCAUACUAAAUAAUAGCAGUUGUGCUAUACUGUCUCGAUAAAGAUAUGGUCAUGUAAAAAUGCAGCUUUGUAUAAUACUGUCUUGUAAAUAAUGUGAACUCGAAAAUUGUAAUAAUAAUAACAGUGAUCAACUGCA